AUGGAGGAAUUUCAAUAUACGCCAUUGCCACCGGGCCAUAAAGAAAUUCGACUGAUCAGGCUGCAGCCUGGUCUACCUGGGACGGACAUUCAGAUCGAGCUUUUUCAUGCUGAACUUUCCACAGAGCCAGUAUACGAAGCAUUGUCUUACGUCUGGGGCUGCCCAGAUAGAACGCGAGUUAUUCACGUCUCGAAGGCUGCCCCUACUCGUCAACCCGUGCAUAAACUGGCAAAAGUCCUCAACCGAUUCAAGUCGAAAAAAAUCACCGCAAACCACCAAGGCACAGCCUCUUUGGGGAUUGCCGAAAAUCUCUUCGUUGCUUUACAGCACUUGCGACUUCCAUCUAAGGCAAGAGUGUUGUGGAAAGAUGCCAUUUGCAUCAACCAAAAUGACAUGGACGAGCGAAGUUCUGAAGUCCUCGAAAUGGGCUCGAUAUAUAAGAAUGCCCACGAAGUUAUCGUCUGGUUGGGCCCGAGUAGUAACGAUAGCAAUCUUGCGCUGCAGACCUUGAGUCGAAUUGGAGAAGGGAUUAUUUGUCAUGAGGUAGAGAGGACGAUAGAGUAUAGGAUAGGAAGCUGGCCGGCCACUCUUUCCCGAAAUACUGAAGCUUUGAUAUCUUACACAGGCUGCUGGUUAGCAAUUAAGGAUGUACUCUGCAGAGAAUGGUUUGCUAGGCUGUGGGUGUUCCAGGAAAUUGUUCUAGCCCAGAAAGCGAGUCUCUUGAUUGGAAAGCAUUCUCUGGAUUGGAAGAUCUUCGCUUCCGCGCUCCAGUGGCUCAGUGUGGUUUCGACGCGCCUAGACCAAGGUAUUCAAGAUCUGAAUAUGUUGACUUUGCUAGAGCAUCUUUGGUGGUUCAUGACCUUUGGUCGCAAUCCUACUAGUCUCACCAUAUUCCAGGCACUAGGAUCCACAGGAAGGUUACUUUGCAGUGACCAGCGAGAUCGAUUAUUCGCGAUACGUAGCCUCCUGGAUCUUGAGUAUGCCACGAUUAUUGUCCCUGAUUAUUCUCUGGAAGUCGAGGAAGUGUACAUCAGGUUUGCAAAAGCAUGGUUAUCUCAAUUCGAUAGCGUUGCAUUCCUGUGCUGCUGCAUGUCGGCCGAAGCCCGUCCCAUGGGUGUCAAACUGCAGCUUCCAUCUUGGGUCCCAGAUUGGACUUGUAACAGCGACGCCGUCGACAACUUUCCUUCUCCAAGAACAGCGUGUGACUCUGCUGCGUUUGCGAGGCUUAUUGACGGGAACGUUCUUGGUGUUCAAGGAGUCCUGGUCGGAAAAUUGAAUGACGUCAGUCAGUCCAUCACGAAUGUACCCAAAACAGACGUCGAACUUCGCGAACUGUGCUGUUCAUGGAUGCAACUACUGUCAAGAGGCGAUUCUGCGGAUGCGGAGUCAGAUGUGGAGGCUUUGUUCAGCGAAAUGAUCGUGGGUGGCUAUGUCCGGGAGAAGGGAGCUUCAAUGCAAGAGAAUUUGCCAACCUCAGAGGAAAUUAAGGCAUUUCUAAGUGGCACGGACGCUAGCGAGGUGGUGAUAGGAUCCAUCCGGCGUGCUUACAAAUCGCGACACUUCUUCGUAACGGCUGAAGGGCUUUUUGGUCUGGGUCCUGCAUCUGUGAAAGUAGGAGAUUGUGUGGCUGUCGUUCUAGGUUGUGAUUUUCCUCUAGUUCUACGACCAGAAGAGCCUAUGGGAGAGACUUACUUCCGAGUUGUUGGACCUUGCUAUGUUCCUGGAAUCAUGUUUGCUGAAGUGCUGUUGGGACCUCUCCCCUCUGGUUGGAAUGUAAGGAUGGAGAUUAUGGGUGGAGAUAUGCAGAUGUUCGAAAAUAGAGCCAUACGUACUCAACAAGAUCCCCGCAUGCCUCUUCCGCCAGGCUGGGAGUACAGGUAUGGACCUUGGGAGAGGCCACGAAAAGAAGAAGCGAAAAAACUUAAAGACGUGACAUGGCAAUGGUUCGAGAACGUGGAAACCGGAGAAAAGACUGAUUUCGAUCCAAGGUUUACACCGGAGCUAUUGAAAGCAAGAGGCGUUGCUAUCGAGGAGAUCUUUCUGCUUUAUGAUUACAAUGUAGGUUGUUUGCAAGGGAGUUCGCAAGAAGCUAGUCGUUUGUCGUCUACCUAUUUGUGCUCAAUGUCACGUGUCAUUAAGGGGUUGAUUCUGAAAGUCCUAUUAUGGUUCCUUGAAUCGUGUCUAAAGUCAUUUAUGAUGAACUAUCAGAUCAUUACGCCUUUCAUAAUACCCAACGAUCAAACAUUGGAACCAAGCAUGGUUUGGAGCCUCACCACCGGCUGA